AAAGCUGAGGAUGUGAGUCCACCUGAAGAAUUCAGAUAGCAAGUUUCAAAUUGCCCACUUGGCAGCUCAAGAUAGGAUCACAUUUCUCUUUAUAUGGAUAAAUAUAUAUUUUUUCUUUUUUGUUUGUUGAUCUAAUUAACCCUAGAUAGUCCUUUUUUUUAUGUCUGCUCGGAUUCUAUAUAAGGAAGUACUAAUGCCAAACAUUUCAUAGACAUCAUACUAUCACAUAUCGUUCGCCAACGCUCUGGCUUGAUCUUCUCUUCAUGCAUACAACACGAUCUAAUUAUCAUUUAUCCACGAGAAGAAGAAUGGCUGCAAUAACCUUCGGUCCAACCCUAACUUUAAAGGCCGUCGGCCACGACGAUGUCUCUCAGAAAUGGCAUGGCGCUGUAACAGAUGAGAUCGGAGGGCUCAUCCGAGUGUACGAAGAUGGACAUGUGGAGCGACCCAACGUCGUCCCUUUCGUCUCUUCUGCAUUGCCUCAAGAGCUCGGCGUGACAUCAACCGACACCGUCAUCGACAAUUUCACAAACGUCUGGGUGAGAUUCUACGUCCCAAACAACGUGCAAAACCAGCUCCUUCCGUUGAUUGUGUACUUCCACGGUGGUGGCUUCUGCGUCGGCUCGGCCGCUUGGAGCUGCUAUCAUGAGUUCUUAGCCAAGCUAGCCCUCAAAGUCAACUGCGUGAUCUUGUCCGUGAAUUAUCGGCUCGCACCGGAGAACCCCCUCCCGGCCGCCUACGAAGACGGCUUCAAAGCCUUGACGUGGCUUGGAAAGCAAAUCCUAGAAGCCUCUAGCGAGCGGUGGACGAGGCAGUGCGACUUCUCCAGAGUUUUCCUCGCCGGAGACAGUGCCGGAGCCAACAUAACCCACCAUUUGGCCUCAAGACUCGUUUCCGAUAACGACACUGAGCUCGAAGCGGCGAAAUCGCUACGCUUCAAGGGUGCAAUCUUGAUACAACCCUUCUUCGGAGGUGAGGCGAGGACAGAGUCGGAGAAGCACACAGCGCAGCCGCCAGGUUCGGCGCUGACUGUGGCCACAUCCGACACGUACUGGCGGCUGGCCUUGCCGCACGGAACCAGUCGGGACCAUCCCUGGUGCAAUCCACUCACACGAGACGAGCGUGGCGGUCGCAAUCCGGAGAAACUGAGGGUUUUGCCUCGUACCUUGGUGUGCAUAUCAGAGAGGGACAUACUGAAGGAUAGAAACGUGGAGUAUUGCGGCGCUUUGGCCAAAGCGGGCAAUGUUGUCGGAUGCGUCGUGUACGACGGAGUUGGUCAUGCGUUUCAGGUCCUUAGCAAGUCGCACACGGCACAAGCUCGUGCGCUAGAAAUGAUGUCUCAUGUCAGGGCCUUUGUUCAUCGGUGAUCUUUUCGGGUCUGUGGCAAAAUUUGUCUGCAAAUUCAUAUCCACGCCUAGGUUGUGAUUAUAUGACUUGU